AUGGCCACAGCGCUGGAGUCUCAGAUCGAUGCACCCCUGGAGAUUCAGGGCUGCCUGAUAAUGAAGAUGGAAAUGGAACCCCAGUGGCCUCAGGAGUCUGUUCUGGAAGGAUCGGAUAGCUCUGAAUCGGAGACCUUUCGCAGAUCCUUCAGGCAGUUCUGUUACGAGGAUGUGACCGGACCUCAAGAAGCUUUCAGUAAACUCUGGGAACUUUGUUGCCUGUGGUUGAAGCCAGAAAUCCGUUCCAAGGAACAGAUCCUUGAGCUGCUGGUAAUUGAGCAGUUUCUCGCCAUUUUACCGGAGAAGAUUCAAACGUGGGCCCAGAAACAAUGGCCGCAAAGUGGAGAGGAGGCAGUGGCUCUGGUAGUACAUUUUGAGAAAAAGACUGGACGACUAAGACAGCAGCAGGUCAGCAGUUCUGUGCACUCAAAGAAUCAGUCCUCACUUGGAGCAGCAUGGGAGGUGGCAGGCUUUCAUCCAGAAUUGAUGGAGACCCAGCCCCAGGUGGUAUCCUUGGAAGAAGUUGGAAGCAUCCACUCAGGAGACCAGGAACAGCUGAACUGUAAAAGAGAGCAUCGGCUAUUUCCAAAGAAUGCUCAUCCUUUUCCCUUGGGUCCUGUCACUGCUGAUGAAUGGAGCACCAGAGAACAAGACGUGACAACCACACGUCUUCCUGCUGGAUCCCAGGGACCUGUGAAAGAGACCCGCAUGACAAGGGGUUUCACCUACAAAAAGAGUGUGCAUCAUAUUCCUGCUAACAGAGACCUCGACCAAGAGAUCCAGAGUGUUGGGAAUGUGCUUUCAUUGGGAAGUAGCAAGAUAACCCGGUUGGAGCAGAGGAAGGACCCUAAUAAUAAGAAGAAUAUUCUACAAAGCAACCACAUCAAGGAAAAGUCAGUUCGUACUGUCCAGAUUCCUACAAGAAAUGCAAGAAAAACGUGGCGAGAGCAGCACCAGUGGGGUUUAGAAGAUGAAAAAAUAGCAGGUGUACAUUGGAGCUAUGAAGAAACGAAGACUUUUCUUGCAAUUCUCAGAGAGUCCCACUUUUAUGAAACACUCCAGGCUUGUCCCCGAAACAGCCAGGUAUAUGGUGCUGUGGCUGAAUGGUUGCGGGAAUGUGGCUUCCUCCGUACACCAGAACAGUGUCGGACCAAGUUCAAAAGUCUCCAAAAGAGCUAUCGGAAAGUGAGAAAUGGCCACGUGCUUGAACCCUGCGCCUUCUUUGAGGACAUGGAUGCUUUGUUGAAUCCCACAGCCUGUGCUUCAUCCACUGAUAAAGCACAGGCAACAAUACCUGCCCCCAGACUAAAGAGAAUUGUUAGUAAUACAGAACAGAUCCGUUUGGUAGAGGAGGAAGCCACCGAAGAAUCUGAUGGUGAUGAAAUGGACAUUGAAUUAAUCCAGAAAUCUGAGAGUCGUGGUGCUCCUGUUUUGUUUCAAAAGCUAAGUGGUGUACACUGGGGCUACGAGGAAACCAAGACUUUUCUUGAUAUCCUCCGUGAGACUCGAUUUUAUGAAGCACUUCAAGCCUGUCAUCGGAAAAGCAAGUUAUACGGGGCUGUGGCUGAACAACUGCGGGAGUGUGGCUUCCUCCGCACACCAGAACAAUGCCGGACCAAAUUCAAAAGUCUGCAGAAGAGCUACCGCAAAGUGAAAACUGGCCACGUGCUAGAAUCCUGUGCAUUCUACAAGGAGAUGGAUGCCCUGAUGAACUCACAGGCAUCUGCCCCUUCCAUCAGUAGCCCAGAAGAAAUCCCAUCACCUUCGAGGGAAGAAACAGGUGGUAUUAUUAAGAUUGAACUCCAGAAAACUACAGGUUGGAAAGCUGAGGAAACCUCACAGGAGGCAAUAGGAGAAGAUUCUGGCAGUGAGACACUGAGUGAGGAGGAAAUUGUACAGGUCCAAGAAUUCCAAGGAUCUGAAAGUCUACUACAGAGCCCAAGUGAUUUUGAAAUUGGAAAUAGCUUCAAGGAGAAUGCAACAAAGGUAAUAUAUAAAGACAUGGAACAGCACAGGAUACUGACAGAAAAAUCUAAAAGGGUUGUUUACCAGAAUACUGAUCCACAUAAAUACCACAAAAGGGAUUACAUCUCAGGAAGACACUGGGAAAACUUUCAAGGAAUUAAGCAGGGAAAACUGAAGUCUCAGCCUAGAGAUUUAGGGAAAGCUGUACUACAUCAAAGACCUUUUAUGGGUAAGAGACCCUACAGACUUCUCAAAUACGGAGAAAGCUUUGGAAGAAGUGCUCGAUUUACGUGCCGAAUGACCCACUAUAAGGAAAAUCCUUUUAAGUGUAGCGUCUGUGGGAAGUGCUUUGGUAGAAGCAGAAGCCUAAUUAGACACCAAAAAAUGCACACAGGAGAAAAACCUUUUAAAUGUCUCAACUGUGGGAAAAGCUUCAAUGACUCCUCAAACUUUCGUGCCCACCAGAGAAUUCACACAGGAGAGAAACCUUACAGAUGUGGAGAGAGUGGGAAAUGCUUUAAUCAAAGUUCAAGUCUCAUUAUACAUCAGAAUACCCACACAGAUGAGAAACCUUACCAGUGUGAAGAGUGUGGGAAAUGUUUUACCAACAGUUCUCAUUUCACCACCCACCAGAGAGUCCACACUGGUGAGAAUGUUUACAGAUGUGUGGAUUGUAAGAAAAGCUUUAGUAACAGUACAAGAUUUCGAGAACAUCAGCAAACACAUAGUGGAGAGAAGCCCUAUGGAAGUGUCCAGUGUGGUAAAAGCUUCAGUAAGAGUGUUCUUACAAAACACCGGGGAGUUCAUAUGUGUGAAAAGCUUCCCUACCCUUCAUCUGUAUAUUUCCAAGAGAACCCACCGAAGGAAAAGCUAAAUGAGUUCAGGAACAGGUUUUGA